UUGAAAAUGCCAAAUAUAACGACAACAUUUUCUGAAUAAUCUCAUGUAGACCCAUUUCUAUGACCCACCAACCAUUCAAUUAAUUGCCUAGUAGAACAAACAAGAAAGGAGGCCACCAGAAAACCAUGGCGAUGUCUGCAUGAAAUAUGGAUCCAAUUUAUGAGUUCUAAAGGGUGAUGAUGAAAAAGUUAGCAUGCUUCAAACUAGAAUCAGGAUUGGUCAUGUCACAGAUUUGGUUCUGUUGCUGUUAUCACUGUUACUGUACUACUGGUAAGUGAAGUAACUAGAGCUUGAGAUUUGAACUGCCUUUACUGGGGAAGAAGCUGAGCUGAGUGUGAAAAAAGAAAGGGUUUUUGGAAUUUGGAGGAAUGGGUUCUUCUUGCUUUUUCCUAAUAUGUGUUCUGCAUUCUGCAAUAGCUUUGACUUGUGGAGUCCUAAUGGUGUUUUAUUCGAAAGAGAUAUGUGUGCUGGGGCAUGGACCAAAGACAGCAAGCAAGCUUCAAGGGUCAACACCUCAUGAUCAGUUACUGAUUCAAACCUCAGAUUCGUUCUCUGGCUUGUUGUUGUUCACAAUUGGAUUCCUUGUGUUCAUGGUUGCUUGUGUUAAGGACUGGGAGUUCCAAAGUUUCUUUGCCAAAGGGUGUGUCUUUCUUCACAUAUCUAUGGCAGUUUGGAGAUUCUACUUUGGAAGGAAGCUUGAAGAUCUUGCCCAUGACUGGCCUAGACAUGCUGUUGGGGACAUUGCGUUGGCCACUUCCUGGCUCUUCUUUCUUGUCUACUUGUGGAGAGAGAAGUAUGAUUAGUUUUUUGCUAUAUUGUAUAGUGUAGCAUCCAUGGAAAACCUUAGGCCUUUGUGUUGUACUUGUUUCUUGGAUUCACUUGUGUGAAAGUUUGUGUUUUCAAUGUAAAUUUAUCCAUAUU